GACACCAUCACCCCUAUGAUUGACAUAAUAUGUUGAACAUUACGAGUGAACCACACUCAUCCAAUCGUAUUUUCAAGUUUACAGUGUUGUUUGAUCUAUAAAAGUGCCUCGAGACCAAACCACGUCAAUUCAUCAAACCGAACCGCGAACCCCUCUAGAUUUGAGUCAUCCCCUAUCGAAUAGAACAUCACAAGAACUCCCUCCCAACACUCGAAAAAAACCCAGAACCCAGAAACAAAAAUGGGGCUACUCUCAUCAUCUUCAUCUUCAACCUCACAUCAAAAAGGGGUUGUAAUCACAGUACCAGUCCUAGUUCUUGCUCUUUCUACUGCCGCCAUUUUUCUCUUCUUCUUGCUUUCUUCUCUCUCUUCCACUUGCUCUUGCCCUUCUUCCCCUGCUAUCACCGAAACAUUUCCCGAAUCUUCUGGAAAAUCCGUGGAAAGGGUUUCGACAUCAAUGGAAGAUAUUGAUUGGGUUCGAGAUCAGAUCCGAAUUAAUGGAUUGCAUAUGAAGGAUAAUGUUUUGCGUAAAGGGAUUAAUCCUCGUACUAGGGUUCAACAGCUUGAAGAUCUCCGACAGUACAAGGGUAUAUCUCAUUAUGAAGGGGAUGAGGCCAACAACCACACUGCUCUACCCUGCCCUGGUGAGCUCCUCGUUGAAGAGCAUCAUAGUAACUAUGGUGAACCAUGGGCUGGGGGAAGAGAUGUGUUUGAAUUCCUUGCGGAGUCUGCUCACCUUAGCCCUGAUGCUCAGGUUCUUGAAAUUGGAUGUGGGACACUUCGAGUGGGAUUGCACUUCAUUCGGUACUUGAAACCUGAACACUUUCACUGUCUUGAGAGAGACGAGUUAUCUCUUAUGGCGGCUUUUAGAUAUGAGCUUCCAUCUCAGGGUCUGUUGCACAAGCGCCCUAUUAUUGUAAAAGGUGAAGACAUGGAUUUUAGCAGAUUUGGAUCUGAGGUUACAUAUGAUCUGAUAUAUGCUAGUGCAGUUUUCCUGCAUAUGCCUGAUAAACUUGUUUGGGUUGGGUUGGAACGAUUAGCAUCUAAAUUAAAGCCAGAUGGCCGAAUUUUUGUCUCCCACAACGUAAAAUUCUGUUCUCGUUUAGGUGGAGAUGAGUGUACAAAGAGACUUUCAAGCUUAGGGCUCGAGUAUGUGGGAAAGCACACACAUGAUAGUCUGCUUUUCAAUCAUUAUGAAAUUUGGUUUGAGUUUCGGCGAGUGAAAGCUUAAAUAGUUUGAUAGGCAAAAUCACAAAAGCUUAUAGCGUAUGGUACUUUUUGUCAUCUGAUUGGAAAAUGAGGUCCUUUGGGGUUCUGGUGUAUUUAAGUAUAUUAUUGAAAUCUGGGGGAUCCAUAAAAAUGACAGGAUGCUCUCUGUGCAUUAUCUCGUGAAGAUAUGUACUUUAAGCUGACUAGCAACUCUCCAAACACAAGGAGCUAGUUUUUUCUCUUUCGGUGCUGCACCUUGUUUUCAGAAUAAGAACUGGAAAUUCUGGUGGCUGUGCAGUAAUUUUCAUUUUUCACUUACUGUAAGUUAUGUGUAAUUUUUUGUAGAUUGUACAAUUAAUUUAAACAAAUAUUUGAUUCAUAUAUUGAAAUUUGAUUUUCA